AUGGGGCCGCAGAUGCGCGUGCAGAGGGCAGCAGGGCAGAAGGGCGCGCGGGGUGCGCAGGACAACAGGGCGCGCGUGGCGCGCAGUGCUGCAGGGUGCGCGGGGCGCACAGGGCAGCAGGGCAGCAGGGCGCGCGGGGCGCACAGGGCCGCAGGGCGCGCGGGGCGCGCAGGACAGCAGGGCGCACUAGGGCUAGCCAUAGCAGCAGUAGCAGCAGUAGUAGCAGUAGCAGCAGUAGCAGUGCAGGCAGGGCAGUGCGGCUCAGUAGGGCGGCGCGGCUCGGUAGGGCGGCACGGCUCGGCAGGCGGCGCGGCUCGGCUGGGCGGCGCGGCUCGGCUGGGCGGCGCGGCUCAGCUGGGCGGCGCGGCUCAGCUAGGCGGCACGGCUCGGCUUGGCGGCGUGGCUCAGCUCCUGGCGGCGUGGCGCAGCAGUGCGGCGCGGGUGCUUACCAGGGGCGGGUGCAGGGCAGGGCCGCGAAAGCAGGGGCGUGACUGCAGGGGCCGCGACAGCAAAGGGGCCGCGACGGCAGGGGCCGCGACAGCAGCAGGGGCCGCGACGGCAGCAGGGGCCGCGACGGCAGCAGGGGCCGCGACGGCAGCAGGGGCCGCGACGGCAGCAGGGGCCACGACGGCAGCAGAGGCCGCGACGGCAGCAGGGGCCACGACAGUAGUAGGGGCCGCGACGGCAGCAGGGGCCGCGACGGCAGCAGGGGCCGCGUCGGCAGCAGGGGCAGCGACGGCAGCAAGGGCCGCGACGGUAGUAGAGGCCGCGACGGCAGUAGAGGCCGCGACGGCAGGAAGGGCCGCAUCGGCAGCAGGGGCCGCGUCGGCAGCAGGGGCCGCGACGGCAGUAGGGGCUGCGACGGCAGCAGGGGCCGCGACGGCAAUAGGGGCCACGGCGGCAGGGUGA